AUGGUCUCCAAGCAGUCGAGCAAUGCUCCGAAGGGCCCCAAGCGAACCAGGGCAAAAUUUCCCAAAGUCCGUACCGGUUGCCUCACAUGGAUCCGGCAUAAAAAAUGUGACGAGGCAAAACCCACCUGCCAGCGCUGCCGGGACUACGGCUACAAGUGCGAUGGCUACGACCAGGCUAUCCAACCGCGAUGUCCGAAACAAAAACCCCAGGACAAACCGAAGUCGCAAGCGAUGGUUGUCUCGAAGCAAGGCACAGAUUUGUUGCAGACGUUUAACACACUCGGAGAAGUGUACGGCAGCCACACAGAGAAGUCCUUGUUCUUCCACGUCAACCACUGCACCGUCAAGGACUUGAUAGGAUACUCUCCUUCAUUGUCCAGUUUCUGGCACGACUAUGUCUUGCCAAUCGGCCAUGCGAUCAGCCCCGUCAGGCAUGCCUUGAUUUCCCUCGGUGCCUCACACAAGGCCUUCCUGUUGAGGAACAACCCCAACGUACUAUCAACGGAGAAGCAGAGCUAUGACAGCUUCGCCAUUCAGCAAUAUAACAAGGCAAUAGCUGGCCUUACCCCAAUCAUGGCCGACCCUUCUUCAAUCGAUGUUCAAGCCAUCCUCAUCUGCUGCUUGAUCUUUGUCUGCAUAGACAAUCUGAAUGGGCGUAACGCCGUAGCCCUCCGACACCUGCGAGCCGGAUCCCAUCUUCUGGGUUCAUUACAAGACCCAUCAUCUGCUUCUAUGGCUGAUACUGAGGGAGGAGAAACAGAAGGAGGAGGGGAAGGAAGGGAUUGCAGCCCGCCUGGGCAACUUACAAAGCAAAGCUGCGACUUCGAUACCCUCUGUGGCCUCUCCGACAUGUUCGAACGUCUCGGUCUCGACACAUCCAUCCUAAUAGAGGACCGGCUUAUCCACCACCACAAGUUCUCUUCUCCCACGGAUGACCCCACCCAGGGGCCCUUCCUGUCCUCUUCCACAGCCCGUCACGAGCUACGCAGGAUCGACGUGGAUUUCCACAACUUUUGGUUUCCACCCGACGGUGACAGCUUGUGCGCGUCAACUGAAGACUGCGAAUCUGCGGAGGCUGAAGCAGAGCGGUGGGCAGAGCGAUGCGCCGAGCUAGAGAAGGACCCCAAGUACCAGGAGCUCUGCGACCGGUUCGAUAGAUGGGUGAGUCGAUUCGACCAAUACUUCGAGAGCCUCAACCACACCCCGGUUCCCGAAGCAGAGUUCAAAGAGGCCAUGGUAUUGUCACUCCAAAAGAAAGUAUGGGUGGCAAUGCUAAACGAAAGUCCGUGUUGCGAUGCCGCCCUGGACCGUCCGUACUUCGAAGAUAUCCUCCUCCAGACUGACCUCGUCAUGCCUAUCGUCGGUGGCGCGACGCACCCGGUCUUUAGCUUUGAGGCCGAUAUAGUCCCCCCUGUUGCGUUCGUUGCUUCAUGUUGCCAGGAUAAGGACUUGAGGAUAAGAGCAAUUGCGAUGCUGAGGUCGAUAAAUCGAAUCGAGGGUGCAUGGGACAGCCAAAGAUUGGCUGACUUGUACGAGGUGGAUCUCGUGACUGGGAAGUGCCAUGGAGAGGCUAAGUUAUUUGAAAAUGUCGACGGUUGGGGUGUUCCUAUGCUUGGAGAAGUCCUCUGUAAAAGACCGGGUGCACCAGGCCCAAUGGAGUAA